AUUCUUGACAUCCUCUCCUGUUGUCCCCGGGAUUUAAUCAGAAAAUAAUCAGAAAAUAUCGCCUACAAGUCCCUGGCGAAUUGCACCCAUCGGUACUUGGCGACUGAUGACUUCCCGUGGUGGAUUUGGAUGAUUCCACCUGUGUUGUGGUUGCUGCUCCCUCGACAGGCUUUUUUUGCGGCAAGUGCCACCAACAUCAGGCCAGUCGACAACCAGUUGCACCUUUCUCGCGAACGCGGAGCCUGCCCCAAAAACGCGACAAACCCAUUCGGCACCUUGAGCUUGCUGCCCAGGCAACUGCGCAAAAAUGGCUUCGCCAGCCGUGGCACUUCCAAACGGCGUGCCCGAACCACCGCACACUAACGAUGUCGAAAUGACCGACGACGCGCAAUCUGCCAUGAAGCGCAAACGCGACCAUGAAGCUGAGCAGCGCCAAAACGGAGUCGGCAGCACCACCACCAACGGCAUCUCGAUGUCGCAUCUGACUGAGCGCAACAAAGCCGCCAUUCGCGAUUACUUCGUCGUUCUCGAACACUAUGAUGCACCACCCCACGUCCUCAAGCGCCCAUUGCCUGAUCAGGAUUCUGCCGGCGAACCAUCUACGAAGCGAAAGAGAGCUGAGGAUGGGCUGUUCUUGCCGUGCGUUGCCGACAAGGUAGCUAGGGACGAGUAUACCGACCUGGAAGGCCUUGUCACCGACAUCAAGGCAUGUGCCAAAAGCCAGGUCGCUGAGCUACGAUUGUCUGAGCCUGGUAAAGACACCAAGUCGAACGAUGCGGCUAUAGCGAGGACACUUGCUUUUGACCAGAAAGCGCACGAGCUGUAUUCGCGCGAGAUGGCAUAUCCUCACUCGAUAAACAACCCCGAACUCCUUUCAUCUCUCGACCAGGGUACCAAUCUCCAAUCGAACGCAAGCGGCAGCAUGGUCCUCACCGUACACGGCGAAGCUCCAAGAGCGAGACAGUUGUAUUCUAGUCUGCAACAACCGGUCGUUACACCCGACAAUCUCCAAGGAGCAAUCCAGCCUCUGCGAGAGCUUGGUCUACCUAACGGCGUCAAAACGGCCAAAUCCAUGGCUUACUCGUUUGCGUCGAGCGUGGCAAAGGACAAGAAGGGCAAGACUCUGGGUGAGCUGUUUCCAGCUCCGCGAAACUUGCCUUCACUGCAACCUCCAAAAGCGCCCAAGAGCACCACGAAAGGAGUACAAGUCGGCUGGCAUCAUCCGGAGUUGACCGAGAAGUCUAAGUACCGUCAAAAUUCAUACUUCAGCCAAAAUAUCUCAGCCGGUCAGUGGCUUAAUUACAGCAACGCCGCUCCUCCGUCGCAGACCAUGACGAAACAACGUGAGAGAGCUUUGAGUCUGGCUGGCAACAAGCCGUCAUCAUCAGACCUUGAGAUGUCCGAGAUGGAAGCCCUCUUCCGCGGUGCCUUCUCCAGCUUUGCCCCUUCCAAGGAUGACUCGGCCGCUAUGGUGUCGGCCGGCCUCAUCAGUCAAACCAUGUGGUGGCAGAAGACUGGAAAGCGCAACUUCGACCGCCUGAUUGGAGCUGAACUGCCAGAAGAGGACGUUGAGAACGCCGUCAAGCAGGAUGAUGUGCAGGUGGAGCUGGACGAAGACUUGAUCAAUGAGGCAAUUGAAGCGUGGGAUGAAAACAAGAUCGACCCUAGUCUUCUUGAGAAGACGUGCUGUCCCAAAAAGUCCGAUGAGGAAAAAGAUGUCGACCAUGUUCUCCAAGAAGUCUCCGACAUGAUCCAGACUCUGAUUUCAUUCCAAAAGAAUCGCAACUUGUCGCUGUCUUCGACCACAACUCAGAGUCGGUACGCCGCCGAUCCGGCUCAUAGCGAUAUGUUGACCAAUGGCACUCCUGCGCAGCCAAGCGAGGAAGAAACAGCGACGUAUGAAGCUCUCAAGGCCCAGCUUGCUCUUGUUGUUCAAAUGUUGCCACCAUACGCUGUAGCGCGGCUUAAUUCCGACAAGCUGGGUGAACUAAACAUUAGCACGAAAUUGGAAAUUCGCGCAGACGAGUACCAGGGGCUCAUGGAUGAAGACGAAGUAGCCGUACGAUCUAGAGCCGCCCAGCAAACUACCCCUGGCCCUCGACCCCCUACGCACCGAUCGUCGAGUUCAUCGAGCAAUAUGCAAUAUGGGGCUCAGUACUCGGGUGUCAAUCGCGCCGCAAUGCCAAGCCCCGGCUUCUACGGCGCGCAAACGCCUGCUGCCCGUCCGCCUUCCAGCAUGCAGCGACCACCACCCACCAUGCCCCAACCACCGUACCAGCGUCCCCCGUCGAACGCUGGUUACCGUCAGCCGAACUCAUACCCAGCCAAUACCAACUUCGCGCAACAUCUGGCUAAGGCCCAGUCGUUCGGCCAGUCCACUCCGUACUCCGCCACCCCACCUCAAAGCCGCCCGCAAUACCAGCAACAACCGCCUUACCAUAACAUGGGGGGCGCCAACAACCCUCCGGCUAGAUACCCAACCCACCCUCCAAAUUCGCAACCCACUUACCACCAGCACUCAUACCCGCAACAGCACCACCAGAGCGGCCCGCCUGCCCAUCCGCCAUACAGCUCGUACGCCAAUGGCGCUUCUCCAAUGCCUCAACGACAGUCUCCGCAGGUUGCUCACCAACAACCGCAGUACAUGCCACAGCAAGGUUAUAAUCUUAAUGCGACACCUUCGAGACACCCUUCUUAUGGCAAUCAGACACAUAUGACAAAUAACUCGCAGCAACGACAUACUCCCCAAGCCGGCACGCCUCAGGCGCAAGAGGGUACACCCAAUCAAAACAAUGUGCAAGGGGCAGGUUUCCAGACGUCGCUGAAUGCUAAUCAGGUUCAGCAAGCUAUGAACCAAGCCAGGGCACGUUUCGAUGCGCAGAGCAAAGCUCAACGACCUGCCAUUGAGGCUGCGCGCAACCCGGGCCCCCCCGGUCAGGGACAACAAGUUGGUGCACCAGUCGGACUACCAGUCGGACUACCAGUCGGACUAGGCGGCAUUGGCCUCGGAGCUGACGCGGCUAGGAUGGCAGCUGCUAGAGCCAAUAUGCCAGGUGGGAUCAACCACAGUACGCCUAGUCCAAGACCACAGGCAAACUCGCCGGCCAUACUUCAAGCGCCACCUGCCAUGAACGGUAGCCCGGCGGGUACGCCGUCUGCCUCUGGUAUGUCACAAAACGGAGCGACUCCGUCUCAGCAAGGAAUUUAGGAUCAUUUCGCGCAACGGGCUCCUCCGGAGUUUGCGCGCCGCUACCCGGGGAUCUUGUCUCCACCCGACAUGUUUCAACCUAGGUGGGUUUAGGAUGCUUGGUAUCACCCUUGUGAGACGGUUGAAGUAGGGAGGGACGGUGUAAUCGUACAGCGAUGAACGGACGGGCGAUGUGCCAGGAUGUGGCGUUG